AUGGUAUCCAAGAAGAGCGCGUUGAUUUCACCGGAAGAGUUGCGCCAAACGCUCUCCUCGCAAGUUAUCCUCGAUGCGAGUUGGUACAUGCCGUUCGUCCAACGCGUACCGAAAUCUGAGUUUCAAACGAAGAGGAUAAAACAUUCGCAGUUUUUUGACAUCGAUAAAGUCUCCGAUUUGAAGGAGAAAAAUUUACCGCACAUGUUGCCGAACGCGCGCGCGUUCGCGAUGGCGUGCGACGCGUUAGGUAUUACGAACGAUUCUUCAGUUGUGAUUUACGAUCGAGCGGAGAGCGGUAUUUUUAGCGCGGCGAGAUUAUGGUGGAUGUUUAAAGUGUUUGGCCACGGCGGUUCGGUGCGAGUGUUAAACGGCGGCUUCAAGGCGUACGAGAAACUGUACUCGGAGGACGCGGAUGGGAUGGAUACGAACGAAAUCGGGAUGGACGAGGUGGAGAAGAGCGAGAGAGCGUGCGUGGAGGCAUACGAAAAAGAAGAUUCUGUGACGACAAAGUAUGAAGCGACAUUGGAUUUGAACCGAUUAGCGACGAUAGAGAGCGUGAAGAAAGACGUGUGCGAAACGAGCGCGAAGCAGUGCGUAGACGCGAGGCCGAAAGGACGGUUUGACGGAACAACAGCGGAACCGAGAGCCGGUUUGGCGUGUGGGUCUAUUCCAAAUUCGAAGAACGUUCCGUUCCCGGAAGUUUUAGAUGCAGGGACAGGGAAGUUUAAAGACGCGGAGCAGUUAAAACGAGUCUUCGAAGCGGCUGGGAUGGAGUUGGACAAUCAAUCCAAGAAAAUUGUGGCGACGUGCGGCACCGGGGUGACCGCGUGUAUAUUAACGUUAGGAAUGCACGAAGUUGGCAGAGACGACGUGGAAGUUUACGACGGCUCCUGGUGUGAAUGGGGAAGUCGGGAAGACGUACCUGUAAAAACAGCAUCGGCGUAA